AUGGUUUCCCCUCCGUCCCAGAGGCUCUGGGUGUUGGUGGUGACGGUGGUGUUGGUGGAGCUCCCUGGAGUCCUGCAGAAGUGCAUCUUUGACGAAGUUCAGGCCCAGGCCAGGGUGGUCCGAGCUGCACCCACUGACCCCAUCAGCCCACCCAAUGUGCACCCGCUAAACACCAAUCCUCCAGGACGCAGGGCCUCAGUGACACACAGGAGAAGCCUGAGAAACAUGGCCCCGCCCACUCCUGCCUCCCCACAGCCAAUCAGAAUCAGAACCUGGAUUCCAGCAGAGAGCCACAACCUAUCAGAUGCUGAGAAAGAGAGGAUGGAGGCAGCGGUGGAGGAGGCUGUGAGGAAGGUGUCCUCCUUACUGUCAGUGAUCAGAGGAGCAGGUCCUUUGCUGCUCAGCAGAGACGUCAAUAAAUACUGCAAGUUCCUCUGGAGGAAUUCAAGUACUGCCAACUACAACAGGUGUGGUCGAGCCAACAAAAACUACAGAUCUGAGACCUGUCUUGAUGUGACUAUCCCAGAUGAUCACCUGUCUGGAUGUGAUAUUUCCCCAGAGGCUGAGUCACCUCUCAGGACUGUGCUCCGUCCUGAAGGAGCUGGACUCCCCGACACCGACUUCCUGCUGUACCUCCUCCUACAGGCCACAGACAGGUGUAGAGCAGAGCCUAGUGUGCUGGCCUACGCUGUCCACUGCCAGACGGACGCUGAUGGACGUCCUGUGGCCGGGGUGGUGGUCCUCUGCAGAGACCGACUGACCGGAGCCACAUACAGCCACCAGGCUACGGUACAGACUGUGAUCCACGAGCUGCUCCAUGCACUUGGUUUUUCUAAAGAUCUCUUCCACACCUGGACCGACUGUUCCUCCAAAUCUCAAGGGAGUGCUGUCUGUUCUCCUCGAGGCAAAGUGACUCACUCUGAUGGUUCGGGUCAGAUGAGGAUCUACACCCCCUCCGUCAUCUCCGCCCUGCAGAGGCUCCUGGGGUCCGUUGACCCUGAGCUGGGGGGGCCGCUCGAGAACCUGGAUGUGCCUCUGGGGAAGGCGUCCUCUCACUGGGAGGCCCGGGUCCUGCAGGGCUCCAUCAUGGCGGCGGUGCUGGAGGACCCCCCCGCGGUCCGGAUCGACCCGGUCACUCUGGCUGCUCUACAGGAUACAGGCUGGUACACCGUGGACAUGAGCCGGGCACAGAGUCUGGUGUGGGGAGAGGGCGAAGGAUCCAUGUUUGGUUCCCUGUCAACCUGUCAGAACAAGUCCUCGUCCUUUUUCUGCACUGGCAGUGGAUCUGGGUGUCAUUAUCUCCACCUCCACAAGGGGGAGUGUCAGACUGAUCAAUACCUGGAGGGCUGUCGAGUGUACAAACCCCUCAAGAAUGCAAGUGAAUGUUGGAAAGAGGAAAACGGUGGAGAAGAGGACUGGAGCGGGGAGAUGUUUGGUUUUCACAGCCGCUGCUUCUUCUCAAACCUGACCAGACAGAACCAGAGUGAGGUUCCUUUGUCCGGCAGCUCUGAGGAGGGUCGGUGUUACAGACACAGGUGUAGAGGACCCAACAGAUACCAAGUCCAGGUGUCUGGCUCUGAAUGGGAGGACUGUCCAGCAGGGGACACCGUUAAGAUAAACGGAUAUCUGGGUUCAGUCCACUGUCCUGACGGGAGGUUAUGUCGAUACGAUGACAUCACUCCUCCCUCUUAUGAUGUCACUACAUUUCCUGCUUCUGCCACAAGUGAUCCGUAUGAGGCUGUCCCGUCAGCGCAGGACUGGAGCUGGCCCCCCCUCAGACCCCCCGCUGAGCUGACUGCAGCCUCAGCGCUCGGCCUCACGGUGGCUGUGUGUGUCCUCUCUGCAGCCGUGGUGUGUUACAAGAAGUAUUGCUCCUGCAGGGUCCGGAUCCACGCUGCCUCGGAGCAUCACACUGAUCUGUAGCAUCACACUGAUCUCUAGCAUCACACUG